AUGGAAACCUAUUUAAUCUCAGUACUAUUUACUCUCACGAGUCUCUUCACCUUCUCAGUGGCUAGUUUUGAUGGUAACAUCAACUAUGGAAGCCCCUCGCCUCGGCACACGCAGUUCGGCAUCGAUGUCGAUCAAGUCCAGCGACGUUCCUGGAAGCGUGGAAACAUCGCAUUCAAGCCAGAGGAACUAGAAUUUACUCAUGGUGUUGCAUCAGGCGAUCCAUGGCCUGAGAGCGUUAUCCUAUGGACUCGUAUUGCCCCGACCAAUAUGUCUUCCGCUGACACCGCGCCCAUUGAUGGGACUGAGCCGCUUUAUAGUCACGAGACCAAGAAGUUCAUAGAAGCCGAUCCGAAUCCUAUCUGCUUGCAUUGGAAAGUCUUUCCAAUUGGGAAGAAGGACUCAAAGUCAGUCGUGAGCAGUGGAAAGGCUUAUACGACCGCGGAUAUCGACUACACAGUGAAGGUUGAAGCCAAAGGACUCAAACCAUUGACAACAUAUAACUACCAGUUCACCGUCUGCAACUCGAACAAUUCUAGCCCCCUCGGAAGAACCAAGACGGCACCUAGGCCCGAUGAUGACGUAUCUGAGAUCAACCUGGCGGUUUUCUCAUGCAGUGCAUACUUCCCAGGAUACUUUAACGUCUACGGUAAUGCCGCCCGAAAGAACAGUCACGACUGGGUUGUCCAUCUUGGCGAUUACAUCUACGAAUACGGCACCUAUACACUUUACAAAGAGCGCGGUUCAAUUCCGAAACACCCUACCUACUCGCUGUAUGACUACCGUGCACGCCAUGGACAGCACCGGACUGAUCCUGACCUGCAACUGUUGGCGCAAAGCUCAGCUUGGAUUACAACUUGGGACGACCAUGACAAUGCUUAUAGAGAUGGAUAUGUCGACUUCUUCGACCAGCCGAACACCUUCAAAGGAGAAGGUCCGAAGGUAGCCACUGAUGCACGCAAAGCGAACGCAGUCCGCGCGUACUUUGAGUGGAUGCCAAUCAGGCAGACUGACAUGGACGACGGUUUACGAGUCUGGAGAUCUUUUCAAUUGGGCAAGCUAAUGGACCUUGUGAUGUUGGAUACCCGAUUAUACGACCGAAGCAAGGGAACCGAUUACGUCAACGACAAGUACAUCGAGAAAAUCAGCGACGAUCCAAGUAGGACGCUGAUGGGUGGUCGACAGGAGAAUUGGUUCUACCGCUCGUUAUCCGAAUCCAAGGACCGGAACGCAACCUGGCGAGUGAUCGGAAACCAGAUCGUGUUCUCCCACAUUAAAGGGGACGCGGCUGAGGGAGGAGACACCUGGGAUGGUUAUAUCGCGAACCGAAACAGAACACUCAAUCAUCUCUAUAAUAACAAGAUCGACAACAACAUCUUCUUGUCUGGAGAUAGUCAUAUGAACUGGGUAUCUGAUUUGGCGUGGCUGGGCACCAAGAAGUACAAUCCAAAGACAGGAGAGGGUGCCAUCGGGGCUGAGUUCGCAGGUACCGCGGUCAGCUCAUGGGGUACGUCAGGCCUCAAAACGAUCGAGCCUGACGCAGGAAAAUUGUCUCGCAAAGCUAUCGCCGAGAACAAAGAGCUAUUCUGGCAAGAAGGAUACUACCGUGGCUACUUUCACUUGUCCGUCGCUCCAAAGAAAGUCUCAGCUCAAUUCUUUGGAAGAAAGGCUCACCAUCCAUUGCGACUCAUAAUGCUUGGGAGAUCCCAUUAG